AUGGAUGUGGACCGUGCCAAAUGCAUUCUACAGCAUAACUCCUGCAAAUCCUUCAGCUCUGCCCCUCGUGCCAGAGAACGAGGUGUGCAUUCCUGGCCCGCUAUCCAGAGGAAUCUGAAAUUUCAUCCGUUGGGCCUGGCUCCGUCUGUGGCUGCUGCUACAACAGAGCUGCCUCCACAGCAGCUCUACUCCCCGUCCUCCCCGUUGUCCCAGUCCACCCCCGUCCUUUCCAUUCCCCCUCGUCCACCCAGUCCGCCAUGUCUCCCCCUGUCCUCCCGGUUGUCCCAGUCUGUCCCCUUCCCCCCAAUCCUUCCCUCCGCCCCGUCCUUCUCAUUGUCCCAGUCCUCCCCGUCCUUCCAGUGCCCCGUCCCGCCAUCCUUCCGAGUCCCCUCGUCUACCCAGUCCACACGGUUGUCCCAGUCCCCCCCCCCGUCCGCCCCGUCCUCCCAGUCCACCUGUCCUCGUAGUCCCCCUCCUCUACCCCAGUCCGCCCCGUCCUCCUCGUCGUUCCAGUCUCCCCCGUCCACCCAGUCCGCCCUUUCCCCCUUGUUGUCUCAGUCCUCCCUGUCCUCCCAGUCCCCUCGUCUACUGAGUCCUCCCUGUUGUCCCAUCCUCCAGUCCCCCCGUCCUCCCUGUCCUUCCUCGUCCACCCCGUCCACCACGUCCUUCCAGUCCCCUCGUCUACCCAGUCCUCCCGGUUGUCCCAGUCCUACCCCAUCCUACCAGUCCCCUGUCCUCCCAGUCCCCCCAGUCCUCCCUGUGCCCCACUCCUCCCUGUCCACCCGGUCCUCCCCGUCCACCCUGUCCUUGCAGGGAAACAGCCGUGUCCGUCAGCCACUGCAAUAA